AUGUUAGAGGCAUCAGAUCUUGAGAACAAUGCCAAACACGACGACGUCCAUCUUCCCCCGACGACAGCUGAACCAGCUACAUAUCGAUUGCGCAAGCUACUUACAGGCCUCCAAUUCCAACCCGCCAUAUCAGACCCUGGUCCGCCACCAGACGGGGGAUUUAUUGCAUGGUCACAGGUUCUUGGGGCGCAUUUCACCGUCUGCAACACGUGGGGCUACAUCACCACCUUUGGCAUGUUCCAGUCCUACUACGAAGAAAUUCUCCCGCAGUCCGCAUCAACUAUUUCCUGGAUCGGUAGCGUGCAGGUCUUCCUCCUCUUCUUCGUGGCCACCCUUUCUGGCCGAGCCGCCGAUGCCGGGUUCUUCAAAUUGGUCUGGUCCGUAGGAGCGGUCCUCAAUCUAAUUGGUAUCUUCAUGACAUCGCUAUGCACUUCCUACUGGCAGCUGUUCCUCGCGCAGGGGCUUUGUAUGGGUCUCGGGUGCGGAUUGAUGUUUUGUCCUGUUCUGUCCCUUAUGCCAUCGUAUUUUGCGCGCCAUCAAUCGCUGGCUGUGGGGUUGGCCGCUACUGGGUCUGCGACCGGAGGCCUCAUUUUUCCUGUGGUCGUCGAGAGGCUUCUUCCCCGGGUUGGAUUCCCUUGGACGGUUCGGACGCUCGGCUUCCUCACGUUCGCCAUGUUAUUGGUGUCAUUCGUCCAGCUCAAGCAACGCGUCCCGCCCCGAAGAAGCGGGCCCCUCGUUGACUGGACUGCCUUCCGUGACCCUGUCUAUCUCUUCUUCGCCGUCGGCAUGUUUUUCAACUUCUGGGGCCUCUAUAUUGCCUUCUUCUACAUCAGUACAUUCGCCCGCCAAACCAUUGGUUUAAGCCAAACGGCAUCCAUAUACCUCCUUCUGAUCAUGAACGGAGUCGGGCUCUUCGCCCGCCCGAUCCCUAAUCUCCUCGCCGACAUGUACACGGGUCCCCUCAACCUUCUCAUCCCGUCCGUCCUACUGUCCGGCGUAAUGCUCCUGUCCUGGCUCAGCGUUUCCACAGCGCCAGAGCUGUACGUGUUUGCCCUUUUCUAUGGCAUAUUCUCGGCGGCCGUUCAGGCCCUAUUCCCUGCUACCCUGGCUUCACUUACGACGGACAUGGAGAAGAUCGGUGUCCGUAUGGGGAUGGUACUCAGCAUCGUUGGCUUUGCUGCGCUUACUGGGUCCCCGCUUGCGGGGCUGCUGGUUUCAAAGGGUGAUGGUGAUUUUGUAUAUGCCCAGAUGUUUGCGGGGUUGUCAAUGAUAAUGGGAACGGGAAUGAUUGUAGUGGCGCGAGGGUUUCGAACCAAAUUUGUGGCAAGGGUGAAGGUGUGA